AUGGAGUGUUUCAUUCUUUCCGGACCCCACGCGAGUCUCUCAGAAGGAUUCAACCUCAUCAAAGCCCGAUAUGCGUCUGUCUUUGGUACACAGUGGGCUGAUGAUGGAAACGAAGAUGAACUCGUUGUGUCAGACCGUAAAGAAAGGAGGAAGUGGUCACCAACUGAAGAUCUUGUUCUCAUAAGUGCUUGGUUGAACACCUCCAAAGAUCCUGUUGUGAGGAAUGAGCAGAAGGCAAUUGCGUUUUGGAAACCUGCAACAAAAGCCAAAUCCAGUGGGAUGAAUGAGGAUGAUGUUUUGAAGAUGGCGCAUGAGAUCUUCUUUAAUGACUACAAGGUCAAGUUUACACUCGAGCAUGCAUGGUUGGAGCUUCGCCAUGAUAAAAAAUGGUGUGGAGCUUCUUCUACUAAAGAGAAGGUUAGCUCCAAAAGAAGAAAGUUGGAUGACCAAUCGACACAGUCAUUGACCUCCAAAACAGGUUGCGAUGGAGAGGAUGAAGUCACGGCUCGGCCUAUUGGUGUCAAAGCAGCCAAGGCCAAAGCUAAGAGCAAGCCAACGACUUCAGAAGAGGCGGUGGAGUUUCAGAGCUUGUGGGAGAUAAAGCAAAAGGAUUUUGUGUUCAAGGAGAAGCUUAACAAGCAAAAAUUGCUUGAUAGCCUCAUUGCGAAGACAGAGCCUCUAACUGAACUAGAACUCACUUUGAAAGACAAACUAAUAACUGAAAUGUUGUUAAGUUAG